AUUUGGUGUUGUUUUUUAUUUUUCUCUUAGUAUUUUUAUUUUAUUUUAUUUUAUUUUUUUAACUCUUUCUUGUUUUCGCCCCUGCGUUGAUGCGCUCCGGGCUGGAGACUUGGGGAGACGCGGUCCUCACCUGAGAGAUCCGGCACGAUUCUCCCCGAGCGAAGGCUGUUAAUGGAGAAGAGGGCGAAUGACAGCCGGGACCGUGGUCAUCACAGGUGGAAUAUUAGCGACUGUCAUUUUACUUUGUAUCAUCGCUGUCCUCUGCUACUGUAGGCUCCAGUACUACUGCUGCAAGAAGGAUGAGUCCGAGGAGGACGAGGAGGAGCCCGACUUCGCCGUGCACUCCCACAUCCCUCCGCUCCACUGCAACCGCAACGUAGUGCUGACCAACGGCCCGUCCCUCUACGCCUCCUCGCCCUUCGGCAAGAAGCCGACGCCGAGCCGGAGCGGCUGCCCCGGCUGCGGGCAGUAUGAGCCCCCCACCUUCUUCCUGCAGGAGCCCCCCGAGGAGCUGCACAACGGGGGGGACCGGGUCAGCUACCAGACCGUCAGCCAGGAAGACCUGGAGCUGCCGGUGAGCGUGGGCAACCUGCAGGCGCUCAACCCCAACCGGCUCUCGGCCAUGCGGGAAGCCUUCUCCCGCAGCCGCAGCAUCAGCACCGACGUGUGAGGCAGCGUCGCGCCUUUCCGAGGACUUUUUAAAACCCACAGAAUAGUUUUAAAGAAAAAAAAAAAAAAAGGGGGGGGUAGGGGGGGAGUGUUGGGGAGAUUUUGAAUGUAUUGCUGCGUUCUGUAGGCAGAGACGUGGUAAACUGCAAUAUUUACCAAAAAGGGGGUGAGUGAGGGUGAGGACGGUUGCAGCGGGGACACGAGGUUUUCUAGUGCUGCUCUGCAUUUUUUUUUUUUCUUUUAUAAAGAGGAUUUUGAUAUUGUGCAGCCUUUUAUACAGAGUAAACGGCCCUCCUCCGUGUCAGGCAGGAGCGCUGAGUGUCGGGCAGGUGACGGGCGCAGGGGUGGCUGCAAAAUGCCUCGUGCUGCGAGCCAGCGGGCACCUGCUGCUGCUCCCCGGGGACACCCAGCACCCAGAGGCUCCUGGCCCUAGUGUGCAAACACAUGUGCACACACACACCCCGUGGUUCCCUGGCAAAGCAGGGCUCCUGUUGCCCACCCCUCCACCACCCCAUCCUGCACCGCUCCGUGCUGCAGCCAUGCACACGUGCGCACCCAUCCUGUCCCCGUCCCUGCACCCUCUCGCUGCCCCCCCCUUGGCCGUUUCUCCCCGGGUCGCAGCCGUGAGACCCUCAGGGGCUGGGGACAGCGGGUGCAGAGCCUGGCUGAGCCCGAUGGAGCUGGGCUGGGUGGGUUUGCAAGCGCACAGACGCGUGGCUGCGCUGCCGGAUGGGAGCAAGGCAUGGAGUGCUUCCAGAUGGAGGGACGUACCCAGAGCUGCCCUCCCCAAAUAACCAGCCUGCCCACCCCAAAUAAUGCCAUAUGCUGCUUCUAAUCUAGGGAGCUGAGUGCUGGGAGAGCAAGAGAGUGGCUGUGUAUGUGUGCGCAUGCCCCUGCGUGCACAUUUUUACAUGCAUUUUUUCUAUUAAAAAAAAAGUUAAAAAUAAAUUUAACUUAAACAAAUAUAUUAAAAAAAUACA